CCCGACUUUUCCACCAACGCCGCCGCCGUCGAUGAUGCCGGACAAGCGCAAAGCAUCCAUGUCUGAACCAUCUGCCAAACGAAUGCGCAUCUCCAAUGAAGAUGCAAGCGAAAUCGCUUCCUCUGUAGCAUCUCAGGAGCGGCCUCGCAACAACCCAUUCUACGGACAGAAGAGCGCAUUCCCGGGACUGGACGACGGCGGCGACGAGCUCUUCUACGGCUCCGCAGACGAUGGAAUGGAGUAUCUGCGCAUGGUCCGAUCUGAAGCCAAUUCUUUACCCUCACUCUUCAUCGCGCCGGUCGCGAUAAGAGACGCUGAAAACCCGGAACCCAUCACUCAAACGGAAGCGGAUGCACCGGGGCCACACAAGUUCCCAGCUGGGUUCUUCGAAGACGAAGCUUACAUCGCACCCGUCGAGGCUGAUAAGCAGUCGGCCGCUGGCCCUGAUGAUCGAUUCCCCGACGCGCAAAUAUCAUAUUACAACCUCCUUCGGCACAGAUUCCUCCUUCUCCGAUCAACACUGCGCUGUACACCUCCCGCGACCGCUAUCGCCGUCCUCGACGACGUUCAUCCCAUCAGUCUCCCCGAUCGAAACACAGCUGCGCGGAAAGAAUGGCGGCGCUUGUUACUCACAGUUGACCCACAUAUGGUACAACUGGCCUGUUUGGACUCGGAUAGUGUGCUAAGGGUGCUGAGCAUCCUUGCUAGAGGAUUAGGCGAGAAUGUCCGGGGCGGGGACCUCGGUCUUGUUCGACGGGUUGGCGCAUGGGCAUGGGGGCUAUUGGGAAAAUGCCGCGAGGUCGGUGAGUUGGCUACGGAUCAAGUGGGAGAGCUACGCGAUCUCGGCAAACGCGCUGCGAAGAUUCUGCUGAAGAUGCAGGAGACUGAGUUCAAGCGAUCUGCCGAGGAUAGCGACGCCUCUGAUUCGGACCCUGGGGAUGCAGAGGAACCUCAGCAAGAGGAGAUCCACCAAGCAAAAGACCAGGGAGAGGAUUCGCCGACGGGGGCAUCCGUUGACCAACAGGACACUGAUAUGGCUGAUGUCGAUCUGUCUGCGGCGCUGGAGGCUGCCAAGUUACGAUUACAGGCCAAGCUGCAGAGUGAAACAGAUUUAGAUGCGACGAAUGAGCAAAGUCGAGCGGAACACCGAGACUCGGCGCAACAAGCACGGGUACUGCUCGAUAUGAUCAUCACGAUCGUGGGCGAGUUCUUUGGCCAGCGGGAUCUGCUCGAUGCACGGGAGGUCUGGACCCGAGACGAAGCUUUGGCUGAACUGUAAACAAUUUGAAGAUACCCUUACUGUCAACUGUCAAAUAUAAUAUUCUAUUUGUUGCAUAUGCCAUCCAGGGAUGACUGAAUUGUACUUGAGAAAGGUCUUUUCAUAAACCAAAAACAAAGAGAAACUGUAGUGUGCUCAUCUCAGCUGAUGAUUGCGUGGGUGCCUGACAGUUCUGGCUAAACUACUUCG